AUGGAUAUAGUAGGAGACUUGGACAGCGUUGAUGAUGCAAAACAGUUGUUAUUGCAACUGAUUGCACGUGAUCAUCAACUCGAUGGAGAACUAAAACAAUAUAUUCAACUCAAAGAUGAUCUCGAGCAACAAAUGGAAUCAUUUGAUCAGGAAAUACCUACAUGUUCGUUGGCAGAGACACUGUCAAGCAAGGUAAAGUCAUUGGAUAAUGUACGUGCACGUCUUAAAGAAACAUUGAACAAGGUGGAUGAUAUCAUUGACCUCAAAAACUGUAUUGAAGGUGUACAACACAGUCUGCAAGUGGAGGACUUUGAGAGUGCAGCCAAUCACAUCAACAGAUACCUUUCGAUUGACAAGAGCGUGUUGGAGAGUAACGCAGUCACCAUGUUGACCGAAGCAGAACGAAAGUUGAGAGAGAUGAUCGCCGUCCGAUACGACGCUGCAUCACGUGCCAACGAUCACGACGCAGUACUGCGAUUCUGUAGACUAUACGUACCACUGAAUAGUUCGAAAGAGGGUGUCGAGAGAUACUGCCAAUUCCUCAACGUCGAUCAUUUCAGAGUACUCGAUAAUAAUGUUUUAACAAAAUACCAACAAUAUAUAUAUCAACAUUUUUCAAAUGUGAUUGAAGAUAAUUUAGAGGUGAUUCAACAUGAGUUUGGGUUGGCGUAUUGUCCCCAAUUCCUAUUGAUUCUUACUCAACAAUGCGAUUACUUUACCUCCAAGAUAUUUUCUGUCUUUUCAAACGAUCAAUUUCCAGUUUCAAAGAUUGUUUCAGAGGUUUCCAAUAUAUCAUCUCAAUCACCUUCCUCCAAUUCAACAACUACCAACAACAAUCGAUUAGAUCCAAGACAAUUUGCACAACUAUUGGACGAAAUUGCAUAUAUGAGCAAAGCAACUAAAUAUUAUGAUAGAUAUCUAUUAAACAAAGAAAAGGAAAUUAAAAGAGAUAUUAAAUUGGAAUUGGAAAAUAUCAAUAAUAAUCAAUACAACAUCAACAACAUUAACAAUCCUGAAACUAAUAAUAAUAAUAAUCAAAAUCAACCAAACAAUAAUAAUAAUAAUAACAAUAAUAAUAAUAAUAAUACUAAUAAUGAACAAUAUAGAAAAUUAGUACAAGAGAUUAAUUUACAAACUACAAUGUACUCUAAUACAACAAAACAAAAGAUGAAUGAAUUACUUGGCAACUAUCUAUUGGUCGAAGAAUAUUUCAUGGUUGAAUCGACCACUAAAGCAGUCCAAUUGGAUGAAACAAGUGAUGACAGUCUGACAAGUAGCAUGGUAGACUAUAUAUUCUUUAUUCUUCAAAAAUCACUUCAACGUGCCAUAGAUUCUCACCAUAUUCAAACUUUAAAUGUCAUUUCAAAUAGAUUAAUUAGAAUAUUAAUUCAAAAUCAAGAUACAUUACAAAAAAUGUUUAGAGAACAUAUUAUUAAAGUGAGUCAAAGUAAACAAGUUAAUAAUAUGGAUUACAAGGAAUCAAUGAUUGCAUUGAAUAAUAUAGAAACGAGUGGAGAAUAUAUAUUAAAAUUGAAAAAAGAGAUGGAAGUACGAUGUGACAAGGUAUUCCCGGUAAAAGUGAGUGGAAAUGAGGAAAGGGAUCAAGUGGCACUCCAAUCCAACGAAUUUGCAUCAUGUGCCAAAUCCUAUUCAAGAUUGUUGCAGGGAGAGAUUGAACAAAUGUUUAAGAGUAUACAACCACGUCUCAAAAAUGUACUGUUCCUCUUUACCGACAUCAACUAUGAAAUUGGACAAGAACAAUAUGACAAUAACGACGUCAACGAUCCAUUUGUCUAUCAGUUUAAUAUUGAAAUCAAUCAAUUCCUCGCACCCUUUCAACAAUACCUUUCACCUACCAACUAUGAUACAAUCCUUCAUCACACAGUUGCUUUUAUCUUGAAAAAGAUUGAAGCCUCUAUCAUUGCAAACUCUAAAAAAUUCACUUUACUCGGAUCACUUCAAUUUGGUAAAGAUAUGCGUGCCAUUUCAUCACUGUUUGCCAAGAUGUCCCAAUCAACUGUUCGUGACAAGUUUUCAAAGAUCAACCAAAUUGUUUCCUUUUUAACAUUGGACAAGUUGUCCGAUGUUAAAGAGUUCUGGACAGAGAAUAGUUCAAUCGCAUCUUGGAAACUAUCACCAACUGAAGUUAAAAAGAUUCUACAAUCUCGUGUUGAUUUUAAUCUUGACCAAAUUAAUAAAUUAAAAUUCUAA